AACCAAACCAAACCAGACCAGACCAGACCAGACCAGACCAGACCAGACCGAACGUGUUUUCCUUUUGUGUCACUACAAAAGGCCGGAGUGUUGUUCUGUAACAGAACAUCCUUAAAACUCUUGGAAUGGAAAAGAGUGAAGAAGAAGAAGAUCAGACGGUGAUGGAACUGCCACCUGGAUUCCGAUUCCACCCGACGGAUGAGGAGCUGAUCACACACUAUCUUUCCCAGAAAGUGGUUUCCUCUGGUUUCUGUUCUCCAGCAAUCGCGGAAGUGGAUCUCAACAAGUGCGAGCCGUGGGAUUUGCCUGGUAAUUCCGCAGCCACUGAGUGGUUUUUGAGGCUUUGUCUUUGUGAACAGUUGAAUUUGUGUACAGGGAAGGCUAAAAUGGGGGAGAAAGAAUGGUACUUUUUCUGUGUGAGAGAUAGGAAGUACCCUAGUGGUUUAAGGACGAACAGGGCCACAAAGGCAGGGUAUUGGAAGGCCACCGGCAAAGACAGAGAGAUUUUCAAAGGGAGGUGCCUUGUUGGGUUCAAGAAAACUCUGGUUUUUUACAAAGGCAGAGCCCCUCGUGGACAAAAGUCCAAUUGGGUCAUGCAUGAAUAUCGAUUACACGCCCAAUCCUCUGCUUUUUCCCAGGAAUGGGUGAUAUGCAGAGUAUUGAAGAAGAGGAGUGGGAAGAAGGGGGAGGAAACAGGAAUGUCAUCCACGGUGCUUCCGCCAUUAAUGGAGUCGGAGGCGUCGCUCGUGACCUGCUUCUCCAAUUCAAUGGAAGAUGGAACGGAGUUAUUGGAUAAGUUUUGGUCGGGGCAUUUUGAGGAGGAGGAGGAAGAUGGAGGAGGAGAGGUUUGGAGGUUGAAGGUAGGCUCUUCUAAAGGGUUUGAAGAACCCUUUGGGUUUGGGGCUAACCACCAUCCAUCGCCUCCUUUGGAUGACGUUCAUUGCCUUUGGAAUUUCUGAUCAAAUCUUGUUGUAAAAAUAUAUAUUGUUUUGUGUAAUAUGUUUUACUUCAUAAUCUUCUUCAAUAAAAUAGACAAUAUAUGUUUUAUUUUUUAAA